ACCAAAAGCAUCAGUAACUACUAAUCAAAUCUUCAAUCAACUACUUCCCGUUGUUCAAUCACCAAAACCUCACUCAAAAUGUUCAAGAUUGUCUGCCUGUUUGCCCUGAUCGCCGUUGCGUCGGUUGCGGCCGAGCCCAAGCCGGAGGCCAAGCCCGGUGUGCUGGCCUACAGUGCCCCGCUGGUGGCCGCCGCCCCAGCUGCCUAUGCCUACACCGCAGGAGGAGCCGUGUACGAGCGCACCUACCACGGAAACAUCGCUCCGGUGGCCCCGCUGGCCGCGUACGCCUCCGCCCCGUACGUUGCUGCUGCUCCGUUGGCCUACUCGGCACCGUACGUGGCCGCCGCUCCGGUGCUGUACAAGUGAACGGUGAUCCAGAGGGAUCGAACGAAGGAAACCCAAGGCUUUAUUUGUGAUUAAACGUGGACUCCUAAUACCGACAGUGAUAUUUUUUAGUUUGAACAAAAAAAUAGCAAUCAAAAGUAAACAUAUU